AUGUUGAUUGAGAGCAAUCACAAUCUUCUUAAAUCUCCUUCAACUCCAACCCAACAACUUUUUGCCAAGUCUACAAGUUUCAUCUUAGUAAACCUUAUUCUAUGCUUGUCCGAAAAAUUAUACUUGGGGAAAGAUUGUUUUAUCUGCAAGCAAGGUGGUCACCGUGCAAACGAUUGCCCAGAUAAACUCAAAGGGGGAUCUCAGGGUUCUAGAAUGUGCUUAAAUUGUGGAGAUUCUGGGCAUGACAUGUUUUCAUGCAGAAAUGAUUAUUGCUCUGAUGAUCUCAAGGAAAUACAGUGUUACAUUUGCAAGAGUUUUGGCCAUCUAUGUUGUGCCAACAUCAUAGACACUAGUCCAAAGGAAGUUUCGUGUUACAGAUGCGGUCAGUUAGGCCAUACUGGUUUGUCAUGCAUGGGAUCACGUGGGGAGACCACUGAUGUGGGGUCACUUAGUUCAUGCUACAGGUGUGGCGAGGAAGGACACUUUGCACGUGAAUGUUCAGCUAAGGUUAGUAAAAGGACUCGUGAAUUAUCAACGCCCAGGCAGAAAUUUCCCAAAGAGAACAGAGAUUAUUUAGAAAUCAGGUCCGUGCCUCACGAUCUCGGUAAGCCUCGGAAAAAGAGGAAAAACCAAUAUGUAGAAGGGGGAUUCACUAGGUCAGGUAAAGGAAAACAAAGGGGGGGUUGGAUCACUGAAGACCCUGGAGACAUUCACCACUAUGAAGCCAAAGCGAAUGGUUGGAGAUCUCCUGUAACACCAACUAAUAAGAACUCUAAAAUUUCCAAUUUCAUUGCCAGUGGCCAUGCUUCAAAUUCUCGUGCUUCUUGGAAAACUCGAAAGCUGCAUUUCGAAAAUUCAGCUUCAAAUGGAUCAGCUAAAUUUUAUGAGCACAGGUUUUCAGCAUCAAGGUUUGGCAACUCUAGUAGUGACGGGAUGAGAAGAAACUAUGAUAGGUAG